AGUUCGGUUCAGUUCGAACCACCUCUCCCAUUUUGCAUUCCGCAUUUUGCAUCUCGACCAUUCAUCUAGCCUUCACCUCCCCCAUCUUGUUUCAUCUUUAGUCGAGUUCCCAACCCAUCUGUCGACAUCCACCCGAGCGGGGUCGGGUCAGGUCAUGUUCUCGCGAUCGACACAAUAUCUCGAUAUUUACUGUCCUUCGCCCACAACUGUUUCAUUCACGGUCAACACGCGGCCGCGGUCCACUCGGAAGGAACAGCUGCUCGCUCUUGUCCGCCACGUGCUACGAGUUAUUCUCAUCCUUCACGUUGUGCUUGUGACGGUGGCCAAGCUUGGGUCUGGAACGGUUCACGACCAUGUCCAAAUUCUGUUUCGGGCCAGUCUAAUUGGUCAAGGCCUUGUCAGACGCAUUGCCGAAUACACGGAAUGGUGGCUCCUUGUCCCACUGGGUCUCUUGAUCGUGUACCUGUGUCUAAGACGGGAUUAUGUACAAGAAUCACUGCUGGUGUUGCAAGGGCUAGGCAUUCAGACGUCAACCAGUUCGGCGUACUACUUUUUACCCGCCACCUCGACGUUCAUCCCCACCACACAGAUCCAAGACAUUGUGAUCCAUGAGGCAUUCAAGGGGCUGGAGGUGAGAUAUUACUUGGCCGUGAUUGUGGAAAACGCCACCGACGUCUUGGUUGUGUUUCCCAGCCUUCUACCUCGACGAGAAUUGCUGGAGCAGGUCUGGCGAGGUAGUCGAAAAUGUCUGUAUUCUGGUAUUCGCUAA